AUGGCGCUGGCAGAAGGCCUUGAUGCGCUCCACGGCCUCACGGUACACCGAAACCGGCCGCGUCGUCGUCACCCGCAUGAAGCCUGGCAGAUUGAAGAUGCUUCCUGGCAGCACCUGAACGUUCUCCUCUUCCAGCAGCUUCUCAAAGAACUCCACGUCGGUCUUGAUGUCCUUGAACUUCUCCAACUCAAUCUUGGAAAACACAUACAUCGACCCCUGCGGCAUCGUCGGCACCACGCCAAUGCACUCAGCAAGGUGCUCGUAGAGGUACAUGGCGCUCUGCUCAAUCUUGCUAACGAUCCCGUCAAAGUACUCCUGCGGGGUGUGAAGCAGGGCUUCGCUGACGGCUCAAGUUCUCUUCCACGGUGUAGACGAGCGGCUUGCGGUGAUGCCCUGAGGGUCCGCUCGCUAUUACAGAGGAUGGUAGGCACUGCCUCACAGAGGCGUGGGCGGCAUCAGCGCUACUAUCUAACGCGUUCUCCGUUGGGUCGUCAAUGGGUGCACUCAGAUUUCCCGAGUUACAUAAGAAAUUUGUCAUCAAUUGCUGCCAGUGUACCGCGCUCUCUUGGAUCAUGUUGUUGA